CAGAUUCCAAUAUGUCCACUUUCUCGAAAAUGUUACUUAUCUUACCGCGAAAAUGGUAAAUGUUAUGAAAGGAGUGCUGGUUAAAUGUGAUCAGGCUAUGAAACAAUUCUUGUUACAUUUGGAUGAAACUUUAAAACUAGGAAGGAAAUUUAUUAUACAAGAUCUGGACGAGAAUCAUCUCUUCAUUUCUGCCGACAUUUUAGAAGUUUUGCAACAGAAAAUCGACGAUUUGAUGGACCAAAUUAGUUUUCCACUCGCCGAAAAAGGAAAUUAG